CUGUGUGUUUUGCCGUCUAGUCUUGUGGUGAAGAAAUAUUCAGAAUGGCUGAGGUAGAUUCUCGUCAAAUUGCUAUUCUAGAAACCGUCGAAGAUAUUCAAAACCGUCGUGAACAGGUUUUGCGGCGCUAUGCAGAGUUCAAAGAAGCAACUCGGGUUCGGCGCCAGCGCUUGGAAGAUGCCAAGCGCUACCAUCAAUUCAAACGUGAUGCUGAUGAAGUGGAAGCUUGGAUCAAUGAGAAACUUCAGAUCGCUUGCGACGAAAACUACAGAGAUCCAACCAACCUUCAGGUAGGUUUUGAAAGGAUUAAGAGACAACUAUGGUCAAUACUUUAGUGCUUUAUUUGCCAUUUAGGAUUCAAAGCUUGCUCUCCUUCGACAACGCCCCAAGCAAACCUUUGUCGAGAAUACAAAAUUUAUUCGCUUGAUUUUACUUGGUUUGAUGCAGAUUGUGAGUAAAAGAUCGGGUUUUACAUAUUUUCUGACCUGUUUUUGAUAAAAUGUUACUUGUGUGUAGAUCUCAUGGAGAAAUAGUUUUCACAACAGUCUGUGUCACAAAAUAUCACGCUGGAAUUCAUGUGCGUGACCAGACAUUACUUAGACGCCAUACAGCAGUUUGAUUGAUCAAAUUUAGAAAUUCGCGAUCACUCUUCCAUGGCGCGAUGGGCUAUGAGAUGAUCGAGUGCGAAAUCAUCUAAAGGAAAGUGCCACAAGAAUUAUUAUGUGAACUCUGGUCUGAUCUCAGCAAAGUGCAACCAUAUAUACUAUGCAAAUUAUUCAAAGCACGCGCCACGUUCGAAUGGAGCAGCUGGUUACUAGAAAGCGCCAGAAACUCUGAUUAAUUAAUCUUCGCUGAGUGGCGUGAUCAACUCAAUCGUGCUUUAUCAUCUGGUUUCUUAGAUUGAGUAAUUCGUGUAAGUCGCAACGUUUUGAGUCGGAAAGUUGUUUUGCUAAUCUGCAUCGAAUGUUGAAACGAACAGAUUUUGUGAAUUACUACGUACACAAUGCAUGAAUUCAGAUUUUGAAUAAAAAAGUAAUGAUAAGCAGGGAACUUGAAGAGUGCUGCAAGAAUCAUCUCCCCUCUUACUCUCUCUUACUAGCAAUAUAUGAGUUGACCUAAUCAAGUGUGCAUAGUUUCAAUGCCCAAUACUUUGAUAUGGGGUAUACAAUUCAUCAUCAUUGAUCAUUUAGCCAUUAGUAAAGAACAGCAAAAUUUUGUUUGCACCAGCCCAUAUCUCUUUGGAGUUGAAACAAAUCAGUUAUAUGAAUAAAUUGCUAAUAAGUUUUGUUAGCUUCCAAACUAAAGGGAGAAAGUACAAACUAUGAUCAAUACAAGGAUGUUUUAUCUGCUCUCAUGGAUUCAAAGUUUGAUCUUGUUUGUCAAUGCCCAGAGCAAACUUUUGUUGAUAUUACAACGUUUAUCUUAUCUCUGAUCAGAGUUGAAACUAAUAUAUUAUAUAAGUGUAUUAUUAGUAAGUUUUUUUAGCUUCCACCUGGUCUGAAUGUCAUUGUUGAAGAUUUCCACAUAGCCCUAUAUUUCACUAUGUUUACAGUUCUUGGAUUAUGGGAACAAUGGCAAAAACAACAGAUUGUAUUUGGGACAAUGGCUUUGUUUUAGAAUAGUCUGGGAAAUGAGGAAAUAUGUCUAAAACUUCAACAACCUCAACAUAAAUGCUUUCAAAAAAUGUUUUUAAUAUACACAUCCAUCCAAUUUUUAUGAACUGAAAAAUUUUUAUGAUUCGAGAACAUUACCAAACUAUAAAAGGCUAAAAUUUACUUUAAUAUUUUACUUUUCUUUCUAAUAGUGUUAAUGACACAUUUUCACCUCAAUGUAGCAUACAAACCUUAUUUUGGAUGCAAAAUACAAGUAGCUUGGGAAACAAUCUGCAAAAUGUUUUGGUUUUAACUGUGCAAUUGUCAUCUUUGUGUUGUCCAGGGUAAACUCCAGAAACAUCAGGCGUUUGAAGCAGAGAUUUCAGCUCACAGCAAUGCCAUUGUUGAACUCCAAGAAAAUGGUGAAGGCAUGAUCAGUGAGUCCCACUAUGCCUCUGAACUUAUCAGGGUGAGUUUCAAUUAGUGCCUUUAUUUUGUUCCUAAAUACUACAUGCAAAAGAUAUCCAUGCAUUUUGAUUUCACUUAAGAUAUAAAACACAGCUUGCAGAGAUGAGGGCAAACCCACAGUUUUUUCAUUUGAAAGAAUUGCAUUUCCCAGGAAGGAGAUUCAUGCAAAUUGUGUAACUUAUACAAACUGUGAGAUUAGGAGUGAGAGUAGAAAAUCAAAAAGUCUUUGAAGAAGGGAAAUGAAACUUGCCUUUGCCAAAACAUGGGAAACAAAACUAACAAGUAAAUAGCUAAUAAAAUGAACUUGACUGUAACAAGCUUAUAUGAGAAUUUUAAUUGGCUUUCGAUGAUCAUUUUUUCUUUUAUUAAAUUAGAAACAAAUACUCAACACAUCCUCAAAUGAUCAUUUCUUCAACAGGAACGUCUUGACUCACUCAUCAAGCUAUGGGAAUUGCUGCUGUCCAAAUCAGCAGAGAAAGGCCGCAUGCUUCUCUUUACUCAGAAAAGAGUCCACUUCUUGCAUGAAACAGAGGAAGUUAUGUCAUGGAUUUUAGAAAAAGUGAGUCCUGAUUAUACCUGUAGAUAUUUUAAAUGCUCAUUGCAGAUAUCUUUGCAUCAGUAAUAUUGUCAUUCCAACCUUUGUAAUAAGAAAUAUUUUCAUUUCAACUUUUCUCCUUGUGGAUGUAAAUGUAGCAAACUAAAAAAAAAAUACACGUAUAUUAUUCAGUACUAAAAGUAUGCACAAUAUUUUAUACUUAAGUAAAGUUGUUUUUUGAAAAAUGUAGGGUUUCUGCAUUUUCCAUGGAUUUUCAGUUUCAUUGAAAAGUCUGUUAGUAAAAUUGUUAUUGUUUUGUUUGUUAUUCAGGAAGCAAUUGCCACUUCUGAAGAAGUAGGAAGAGAUUUGGAACAUGUGGAAGUUCUUCAGAAGAAAUUUGAGGACUUCUUGAAGGAUAUUCAGGCAAAUGAAUCAAGGGUCACAUACAUCAAUGAGCUUGCACAUCAACUUGGAGAUGAGGGUCAUCCAGAUAUAGAACUGAUCAGUACAAAGCAAGCGGUAAGAAGUUAAAGCUUAGCUGGAUAAAAUAAGCUUGAAUCAGGUAUUAAUGAUUCAAGGAGAACUUAUUUUAUAGCUCUAUCAGAGGAGCAUGCAAUGUGAUGAUAAAUCCUUGUAGGAUUGUCUGCACAGGGUGACCUUUUCCAGAACAAGCAAAAAAGGAAAUCACAUACUCUUCUCUGUUUUUUGAAGUUAAGCAAGUUUGUUCAGGUUGUCAACAUGUUCAGUGGACAUACAUUGUGCCCUUUCAGGAUUGGGUACCUGGAAUGUUGUAUUUCUGUUAUUGUUCAAUUUAGUUCCCUCCUUCAAAUAUUGAAUGUGUCUGUUAAUAGUGCCUAUACCCUUGAAGGCACUGCUUUUAGGUACAUAUCCUCAACUUAAAUCAAACUUUCUGCUUGUACAUGAAAAACUUAAUAAUAGCAGCCUUUCAUGUUAGCCCUUUAAUAGACACGCCUUCAAUUUAUAGGGCUUUAAUACAUGUUAAGUUACUGGUUUUUUAAUUUUAGGAAGUCAAUGAAGCUUGGGAAAGGCUGAAGAUGCUGGCACUCAAACGUCAGAAGAGACUGGCAGGUGCCCAGCAAAUACACAGCUUCUAUCGGUAAGAAGCCAUGUUAUUCUUGGUAAUACUACUUUUGCUUUGCUCUAACUUUUUUUAAUCGUAAAACAGGGUUUAUGUCAAAAACGGUUAUGGCAGAAGGAAAGUUUAAGGUAACAGGAAAAAGUUUCAACUGGUCAGAAUGAAAUUUACAUGUAGCUCAGGUUAUAAAAACAUAGAUGGAGAAUUUCAUGCAUAGGUCAGAGAAUUCUUCAGUCCUUGAUGCCUACUUAGCACCUUGUUAAUGCAAGCCAAGGUAUAGAAUCUGACUUUACGAGAAGCUCCUUUUUAGCAAUACAAGAUCUGCCUCAACUGCAACUGAGUCUUUGAACUACCACUUUUAUUACUAUUUUCAUUGUAAACAAUUGAAUUAAAAGUGCAGCUUAUAUUGCAUUACAUCAGCUGUACAUGUAUGCACAUAAACCAUAACACUGAAGCUGUAACUUAAAUCUAUUUUAACCAGUGAUGCUGAUGAGACCAAGAAUUGGAUCAAUGAGAAAGACAAAGUUCUGUCAUCAGAUGAUUAUGGAAAAGAUCUGGCCAGUGUCAAUGCUCUGUUACGCAAACAUGAAGCUCUAGAAAGAGAUUUGGCUGCAGUGGAAGAUAAGGUAACUCCUUUUUUCCUCAGAAAGCUGACUUUUAUAUUUUACUAAUUUAAACAGAUAUAAUCCACAAAAAAAAACCAGAUUUGACUGUAUUCAGAUAUCAAAACUGACCAAUCAUAACUAGAAAACAUAACUUGUGUUUUAAAGCCAAUCACAUUUUGACAAAACAUAGCAAUCAGUUUUUGCAAACCAAUCUUAAAAUGCCAGAGAGACCUAUGACCCUUCUCUUGUCUCUGAUAAAGACUUAAACACAGAUUUUAGCUAUAUCAGUCACUGUUAGCAUUAACAGUCCUCUUCCCUUGCUCAGGUAAUUAGAAUAAGGUUAAUAAUUUCUGAUCUAUCAACUGACUACUGAAUACUCCUUUUCUAGGUCACUGCCCUUGGUUCAGAAUCUGCACAGCUGCAAGAGGCAUAUCCAGAAAGUGCGGAUGAGAUAGCUGCUAAGCAAGAUGAAAUAGUAACUGCCUGGGGAAAUCUUAAGGAGAAGGUGCUGUUCAAAGUCUUUAUACUGGAGCUCACUACCCAAGAAUCUGAGGGUGAAAUCUGAAGGAUUAAGGUUUUAUUCCUCUUGGGGUCUUUGAAUUGUUUUCCUUUGUGCAGCAUUCAUGUCAAGACAAAAAAUGCCCUUUGCUUUUACAUUACCAAGCUCAAAAUUUACCACCCUAGGUAUCCUAUUUAUACAAUUAAAAUGCUAUUCUUAGUUAAAAAUUUAUCUUAUGUUUGUUAUUUAUGCAGUAUGAAUGAUCCCUUUGAACUAAUUGUCAUACAUGUAUAUAUGGUAUCUUUCAGUCUGGGGUGCGAAAAGCAAGGUUGGAGGAUUCUUAUCGUCUGCAAAGGUUCAUUAGUGACUACAGGUGAGAGGCAUUAAGAGUUUUUCAAUCACUAUAACUUUGCUUUUGUACACUGAGGUCUGCUGCAUAUACAUUUAGGUUCAAUAACAGCCAGCUGGAAUAGUCUAGUAAGAGAAAUUAAAUGUGCUUCCUGUUGUCAAGGAAAAACUAUCUAAAUUUCUCAAUAACCAACCUGAGAUUCUAGUGUGAUUGCAGUGUUCAUACAUGCAUGGUGUAACCUUUCAGCUUUCAUCCAUGUGAUCAGGCUAACAGGACUUCUCUUACGAAAAUGCAAGCUGUUUUGAAAGGAAAAUGUAAAGCAAAGGCUGUUCAGUUGACAAAGGCUGUUCUGACUGCACCAUAUCUUAGACUGAUAAUUUUAUUCACGUUUAUCAAUUGAAGGCAUGUUUUUCCAGCUGACUCACACCAGUAUAUGUGUUCUUACUUUUCUUCAAACAACUACCUUUAUUUUCACCCCAUGAUUUUUUCAUUUGAUUCUAGGGACCACAUUUCUUUUAUAAAUGAAAUGAAAGUCUUGAUCCAAAGUGAUGAACUGGCAAAAGAUGUAGCUAGUGCAGAAAGUCUUCUGGAACGUCAUCAGGAACAUAAGGUGAAUGUCAUUUUUACCCUUGACUCAUUUUUUCCUGAGGUCUUCUUGUUAACAUGCAAUUCUUUCCUUGUAUCCAUUAGGGUUAUAUUGAUGCAUCAGAGGAUGGAUUUAAGAAGUUUGCCGAUGAUGGAGAAGAACUUGUCAAUUCCAAUCAUUAUGCUACUGAUGAGAUCAAAGAAAAGGUACUUAAUCAAAAGUUUCCCUGUUUUUUUCCAUACUUUUAGCAGUGGAUGUGUUCAACAACAAUAAUAUUAUAAUGUAAUAAAAUAUGUGCUUAUUGUUGAUGGUGGUGUAAGAUAGGAGAUGAACUUUGUUUGUUUGUGUCAUGAUAGAGUCACUUUGUUGUAGAUGGUGACAUUUUGACUGCAAUACUGCUAGUCUUCAUCAGGCAAUGAGGUUGAUAGUUUAUGUGUCUAUCAACCUCAUCACCUGAUGAAGACUAGCAGUAUUGCAGUUGAAAUGUCACAGUCUACAUCAAAAGUGACUCUAUCGUGAGACAAACAAGCAAAGUUCAUCUCCUACCAAUAAUAUUAAAAAAAGUUAAUAUAUCUUUGUAAUGCCCUGAAGGACAGCUGAUGUAAUUAUGACCUAAAUUGUUUUAAUUAUCCUUUAAUUUUAAGCUGACAUUAAUUGGCAAGAAAGUGUUUACUCCAAGUGGUUAACCCUUUGACCCCUAAGAGUGACUUGCAUCUAAUUUCUCCUUACAAUAUCAUCCCUGAAUCACACAUUAUGUCGCAAGAAUGAAGGAAUGUUUAAUUACUUAAGAUGCUUUUAAUUGUUAAACACAUUCUCCUUGUCAGCACCUUAUGAAAUGCACGUAGAACAGUAUGAAGAAUAUGCUUUUUGAUGUUACGAUGCAAAUGUUUAAUAGGCAAGCAGGUGUUUAUUCCAAACAUUUAACUUUGCUCUCCUUUUAGCUUGCUAGUCUGGAGACUGAGAAAAUGGAACUGUUGGAGCUGUGGGAGAGGAGACGUGUGCAGUUUGAGCAGUGUAUGGAGCUGCAGCUUUUUAAUCGAGAUUGUGAGCAUGCAGAUGCCACUAUGUCUAAACAAGAGGUUGGAAUACAUUUGUCUGAUCUUGUAGUAUAUCAUUUGACCCUGAAAAAGAUUAUUCUGGUCUUCAUGAGACCUUGAUUGAUCACUUCUUCUGAAGCAGGCACAGUUUACCUGUUUGUAAUUUAAUCUGUGGCAUGAACCUGCAACAUCAAAUGAGUUUACUCAUAACAGAUGUUUAAAUGUGCCUGUUAAUGCCAGGGCAUUGCGAGCCUUGACUCGUUUCAUUAUGGAGCUAAAUUCAGUGAUGUUGUCAUCUUCACUUUCCAUAAGAAAAAAAAUUUGUGUUAACUAUUCAGUUACCAGCAGUAUAUUGAUGUCUUCACAAGAUUCACCAAAAUACAGUUUUAUUGUGUCUUCAACAAGGAAAAUGCUGAGAAAUUGUAUUUCUGAUCCUAGCACAUUUCAGCACUGUUAUAGAAUGAAGAUGAAAUUGUACCAAAAAUACAUAGAUGUUUUGCUUUUUUCCUUGUGUAUCACUAAAUAUAUGUUGUGGAAGUUGUUUUUAUUUACUGAACAUUUUUAACAGGCCUUCCUUGCUGAUGAUAACCUUGGUGAUUCUCUCGAUGGAGUAGAAGCUCUGAUCAGGAAGCAUGAAGACUUUGACAAAUCUUUUGCUGCCCAAGCAGAGAAGAUCAAUGUGAGUACAUUACAGCAGUUAACAUUUCUCUUGAAAUUCACCAUGGAUUUUACUGUACCUUAACUAGGUAAUAACACACAGAGACAAGAGCUUUGUACAUACAUGUAGCCUGACUUUCCUUUGAUGCCUCUAAAGCUCAUUGUUGUCAAGAGAGCAUCACAGAGGUUUUGAUCUUCAUGGAGAGCUCAGACUUUUUUCCAAAGCACCAUUUAUUUAAAACACAUACCAUAGGAAAAACUUCUGGACUAUACGAUAUUUUAAUAUACAACAAAUUACUAAUUUAUGCUCCUUUGUUCCUUCGUCUUUCAGAGUAUUGACGAGUAUGCAAACCGCCUUGUUGACAGCAAUCACUAUGCCUCAGAUGAGGUGCGUGAGAGAAGAGAUGGUAUAAUGGAAAGGCGUAAUAACAUUGGGGAGUUGUCCAAGGCACGCAGGUUGAAACUUGAGGAAUCUCGUAAACUGCAGCAGUUUGAGAGAGACUGUGAUGAAGUAAAAAGCUGGAUUACAGAAAAGCUGAAGAUUGCCAGUGAUGAAUCUUACAAGGUGAGAAAUAGUAUUUUUGCUCACACAAAAACAUUGGGGUUACCCAAUAUCUGGCUCUACCUAUAACUACUUGUAUCACAAGACUACAGUUAAGCUUUUGAGGCCUUUGGCAUGUCAGCACAUCUUCAUUUAAAGGUAACAUGGUUGAGGGAAUACAAGACAGUUCCACAGAUUCUAGAUUGGGUCUUAACUUUCAAGAGUCCUUCCAACCUUUUAAGUGUUAAUAUGGUGCUAUUUAAUCAAGGAAAAAGUCCUUGAUUGCUUUUGGAAGAAUUUUAUAAAAUAUGAGCAAAUCUCAAAUGUUACUACUGCAAUCCAUACACAAUAUUACUGUAAGUUAUUGUUUGUAACAAAAUACCACUUUUGAAAUCUUUAGGAUCCAACUAAUCUGCAAGGAAAGAUCCAGAAGCACCAAGCAUUUGAGGCUGAGUUGAAUGCCAAUCAAAGCCGGCUUGAUGCAGUUGACAACACUGGUGAACAACUGAUUGGAGAUGAACACUAUGCCUCAGAUCAAAUCAGAGAGAGACUUGAUGAACUGCAUAAGUUGUGGGCCUAUCUGUUUGAGAGAUCAAAUGAUAAAGGUACUUUACAUGUGACUUAUAAAACAUUUUUGAUUCAAGACAUUACAGAUAUCCUUACAGGUCCAACGGUUACAAUUUGGAGAGUGGUGAAGCAUACCUGUACAUAUAAAGUAGAAAAUUACACUUGCGAAGUGUUGAUUGAGGCAUUUUUUCAAACCCUUUGUAUUUUCAACUAGAGUUUCAGGACUGGAAAUAACUCUUUACAAAAACAAUUAAACAAUUAUACUGGAAUGUAUAUAGUAGCUUGUGGGGAUAUCAAAUGAAGUUUUUUCCUCUUAUUUGGAAUUCAGGGUUGAAAUUGAAAGAAGCAGCACAGCAACAGCAGUUCAACCGGUGAGAAGUGACACAAAACAUGUGAUCUACUUUCCCUUAAUACUACGUUUACAUGUAUUUCAAGACUUUUCUUGUUAUAUUAACCUAGAUGUUAAGUCCUCACAGAUGUGCAGAACAAUAACUACUCUAUCAUCACACUCUGAGAAAUGUCUUGUGACAUCAAUGUUAUUGAAUGCAUUUUGAUAUGUUAUGAACUUGUUAUCAUGCAGAGGUGCUGAAGAUGUUGAGUUGUGGUUCACUGAAGUUGAAAACUUGCUUGCUCUUGAGGAUGUAGGAAAGGUAUGUUAUUUUGAAAAAAAUAAUAAAACCCAUACCUGUACUUAAAUCCUAGUAGUUCUUUGGUUUCUCUAUCUGGAUAUGAUUAUAAGGAAUUCUGAAAAAAGUUGCUUUUAAUUACAGGAUCUGACAAGUGUGCAAAACCUCCAAAAGAAACAUGCCAUGAUAGAGGCUGAUGUCAUAGCCCGUGCAGUAAGUAAAAUAAAAUAUAAAGUUGCUAGGCUGGUUAUUUAACCAAAGUGAAGCUGUUGUUUAACGUACCACUUUCUAAGCCAUCUCCAAUUUAGCUGAACCUUUAGUGGAAGGACAUUUAUUUCAUUAUAUCAACCUUCUCAAAGAGAAUCCUUGAGGUCCUCUGCUUGUGUAAAAUCGUGGUUUGAUUUAGAGCUUGUACUGUGUCUAGGCUGAUUUUGUGAAGACCACCUGUCAUCACAUUUGAAUUGUUCUCUCUGUUUUUAUGAAUAUUUUAUCACUGAUGCAACCAUGUAAUAUCUUCACCUUGAUGCUUUCUCUUCAAAUGACAAGAACUGUAUCUGUAGUGACUGUCUCUUUUAGCAUUGAUUCAGGACAUUUGAAAAUAUGGCUAAUAGUUAUAGAAAGCUAGGGUAACAUCUCUAAGAUAAAUGUAAAGUGUUUCAGAAAUGAAAGUGAGUUGUUCAAUUUUUCAUUAUAUAUUCUGUUGUGUUGUUCCCCAGGAAAAGAUUGAGGUUGUUAAUGCACAAGCUGAUUUAUUUGCGGAGGCUGACCACUUUGAUGCUCCUUCCAUCAAAGAAAAGAAGGAGGUUUUAAAUAGCCGAUACCAACAGCUACAGGUGAUAAUGAUAAUGAAGUGUGUGUGAUUGAGUGGCUCAGGGAAAUGUCCAACUUUUAGCCUUUACUAAUAAUAUUAAUACAAGAUGAUAAGAAUCAGUGCUCCAAGCUUGACUCCAGUGAGUCUCCUGACAACAGUCACUACUAGAGACAACAGUCAUCUCAAGACUACAGUACUAUCAUCCAAAAUGUUAGACUCCAUGAUCAUAUGUUUUUUUACUACACAGUAUUACCAAAAGGAAAAUUCAGUUGCUGAUAGCCACGAUAGACUAAGAUUUACCCCAGAAUUUGUUUUAAAUUUUAUAUUCACAAAGCAAGAUCAUCUGAUGUCCUUUUCUCAGGAAGUGCUUAACAUUACCUCCCAUCUUCCUCCCCAGGCUCCUCUCCUAGCUCGCAAAGCAAAGCUCCAGGAUGCUGAGAGACUUAAACGAUUCCUUCAUGAUGUUGAAGACGAGGAGGCAUGGAUAAGGGAGAAGGAACCUGUUGCUUCAUCCACAAACACUGGUAAGUAAAUGAAUAGCAGAUAAUGAUACAAAAUAAAGAGCAAAAUGAAAAUUGAUUCCAGUGGAAAUUAUGAUGAUUGCUUUCCUGGGGUAUUAAUAUAAACCACUUCAAUGUAAAUGUAAGUGGUCUGAAAACAAAUUGAAAGUCCUUGAAAAUGCUGAAGCACUCAAUUUUUACAACUAUGCUUUCAUUGUCUAAACAUGGUCAUUUUUUAAUGGUUUUCUCUGAUAUUAAGAAUGUUAUUUCUUAACAGAAAUCUUCCCUUAAUUGUAGACCAUCACCUCAAUAGUAAACUGAAAAUUAAAUGUCUACCUCUAUAGGCCGAGAUUUGACAGGAGCCCAGAAUCUGUCAAAGAAACACCAGGCAUUAAUGGUAAGAACAGCCGUACCUGAACAAUUAAAAAAAAAUGUUUUAGUAAAUAAAUGGGUUUGUGGCCAGAAGCUGAAACAAUUUGUAGAUCUUAGGUUGAAUCCAUUUUUCAAUUUUAAGUUCACUAUUAUAAAGUAAUCCUAGAGUGUCUUUUGUCUAUUGUGAACAUUUCAAUCAGUUUUUGUAUGUGUAGCCUACAAGCAAGCUCUUCUUUUUUAGGACUGAGGCACAAGACAGUUAAAAGCCUCAGUCAAAGCAGACUGGCGAGAAGUGUGCAAGGGCUCCUCACUAUCAGUGCUAGAGUGCUUGCAGACCUCUUGCUGGUUAGCAUUGCUCAAAGCCUCAAACUUCCUCACUGAAAAAGAGGUACUUGUACUGACAAUGAUUUAUCACCAACUUACUAGCCCAUUUCAUCCAUUUCACUUUGCAGACUGAAAUUGCUGGUCAUGAACCACGUGUCAGAGCUGUUUGCGAUAAUGGUGUUCAAAUGAUAGAUAAUGGUUAGUUCUCUUGAAUAGUUUUUCUCAAGAAUGUGUCUUCUUUUCAAUUCAUAUACUUUUCAUAUACCUUUCAUACUCUGUCAGUACUUUUUUGUUUGAUUUAAAUGUUUUGACUCAUUUUUAUUGUGUUGUGUUUUCCCUCAGGCCACUUUGCCGCUGAUGAGAUCAAAGAAAAGAUCGAUGAUCUUGACCAGAAAUGGCUGGAAUUCAAGGUAAGACCAUUCCAUGACAUUUUGAGUUUCCGCUUUUAUUAACCAUUUAAAGAGUAUUGUUCUUUCUAAGAUGUGUUUUGACAAUUUUUUUAUUAUUACUCCAGGAUAAGGCACAUGUGCGAAAAGGACAUCUGGAUGACUCUCUUCAAGCUCAUCAGUAUCUAGCUGAUGUUGCCGAAGCAGAAUCCUGGUUGAAGGAGAAAGAACCAAUUGUUACCAGUGAUGACUAUGGAAAAGAUGAAGACAGUGCACAGGUAAAUAUCUUUGUUGUUUUCUUAUCAGUCUCAGGGUUGUCAUUUGUACUAGAUAUAUGAUCUAAAGUUUACAACACACCAUUCUAUUGGAGUCUGUGGACAUGUUCUCUCUUCCCCCCAAAAAAAAAAAUUUGAAUUUUUGACACUGUGUGAGACUGAUUUCUAGCUUUCUUGGCCAUUUUGACCAGCUUUUUUUUUUAGCUAAUGUUAAAUUUAGAAUUAGUUCAAAAAUACUUAUUUUCUGUGUCUGAUCACAGCUCACAGAGUACCUGGUGUUAAAUUGUCUGACAAUCGAGAUGUUACUGUUGCUUAUGGGCUCCUAGUGACAACCCUUUGCCUUGCCAGUAGUUAUCUUUCAUUUCAUUGUUUCCUUUUGAACAAUGUAGUACAAGUUUUGUUGAGUGUUACAACUAAUACUUUGAACACUUUAGGCAUUGCUUACCAAACACGAUGCCAUCAUGUCAGACUUGAGAGCAUAUGGAACUGUUGUAGAUGGGCUGAGAGAACAAAGUCAACACUGCAAGGUAAGAGUAAGCACAGCGCAAACAUGAAGGACAAAAAAAAAAUGAACAUGAGAUUGGAUUCAGCAGUGGUAUACCUAUUUCCAAUGUUUCCAGAUCAAAUUAAGUUCUGAUACUUUCAAAUUGUGUUUAUCUUGUGGAAAGAGGAAAUGGGGAAGGGGUGCAUCCAAAUCACUGCAAGGUGUAAUUAGGGUUACAUUAGUGAAAAAAGGAGAGUUCCACCAAACCAAAAACAUUGAUACUGUUUCCUCCGAGACACAGUUGAUCUGUAUGUAAAUUUAAGGGGGGGGAUCUUUGCACCAUCUUUGCAUCCACCAAUGUUUAUUUUCAUGAAAUUAUCUCCCUCAGCCUGCAGCUCAUGUCACAGACAUCUCUGACAAGGAAUGUGUAGUUGCUCUUUAUGACUAUCAGGAGAAAACAGCGAGAGAGGUGUCCAUGCAGAAGGGUGACAUUCUGACCCUACUCAAUUCUAGCAACAAGGUAAGUCUCCUUUUUUUUGACAUAUGCUGUACAUUGGUUUAACUACCCUUGAGGAAAGUAGUACAUAUAUGAACUUCGAAAUGGGUCUUGCUCACUCUAGAGUCUGUGUGGCUUAGUGGUAGAGCAUCAUAGUGCUGAAUAUAAAGGUUUGAGGUUCAAUUCUUCAUGGGGACUCAGAAUUUUUUUCCUUGUACCACUCUCAUGACGUGACGAAAAACAUCUUUCCCUACAAUUUACAUCAUCUUAAAUCCAUUUCACAAGAAAGACCCAGGAAGCAUCCUAACUUGGGAAUACCAAAAUUAAGGGUGAGCAGAAGCAGAAGCAGUUGCCCAAGUACCAUUGGCAGAAAGAAAAUACUACAGUGUUGUUGGGAAGGUUUUCAAUUAUUUGCCAACGCAAAAAAAAAAUUGUUAAGUUUUAAUUUAACUCAAGUAUUACCAAGUGUGACUUAUUAUGUUUUACAAUGGCCUUGUUAGGAGUCAGUUGCAAUUAAAAUAUUAAACGCUUUGUAAUAUUUUAGUGGCAACCAUUGAUUCUGUAACACCUUUGAUAAAAUCUUGUGCACUGAUUUCAGGAUUGGUGGAAAGUAGAAACUAAUGACAGACAAGGUUUUGUUCCUGCUGCAUAUGUCAAGAGGAUUGACUCCCACAAAGCCUCACAGGACCUUCUGUCACAGGCUCCUGAAGUGGACACUGUUGCUAACAGACAGCAGGCUUUGGAUGAUAAGUGAGUAUCAGACUUUGCUGUAACAGUUUCAUCCUUCCAAAGAUUAACCCUUUACUCCCUAACAUCAGAACACAUAUUCUCUGAACAUUUCCUAACAUGCUGACAAAGAGAAUUUGCUUUACAAUCAGGAGCUUUUUUAUUUGGUGAUCAAUUCCUUUAUUCUCGUGACCUCCAAGUAUGAUUCAGGGGAUAGAUUUUUGGGAGAAAUUAGAUGCUAGUCACUCUUAGGGGUCAGAGGGUAAAAGCACCGACUUUGUGUUCCUUUUAUUACAAACAAGAAAUUCAAUUCCAGUGGUAAAUGACAAAGAUAGUUGAAAAAUCAAGAGCUUUUAUAGUUGGCAAACUUUUCUUUUACUCCCAUAACUUUAAAAUUCGAUUUGGAUACGUAAGAGUGAAGUUAGAAGACAGCCACUCUUAAUUUAAAAAUGUUCUGUACACUGAUGUACCAUCAACAUCCCUUUCAGAACCUUGCGUUUUAAUGGUGUUGAGAACAGGUAUGGCUAAUUGAUAGAUAACAAGUAAAUUUUUUUUUAACAGAUACCAAGACCUGAUGGACAAAGGCGAAGAACGUAAGAAGAAGCUGGAAGAUUCCAUUCAAAGAUACAGUGUGUUGCGGGAUGCUCACGAACUGGAGUCUUGGAUCAAUGACAAGGUUCGUGUAUUUGCAAAGACUUGGCAACUACAAACGUACAUUUGUCUUAAAACAUAAACACACAAGAGUAACAAUUUUCUAAAAUCUCUGACAGCGAAGAAAGCUAAGGCUAUACUAACACACUCAUUUAUUGGGUCAUAUCGCCCACUUUCCAUAAGGCUUGCUCGUUACCUGAUUUGUUUAUAAUAGAAUACAUUAACGUGACAGACCUUUUCUUACAUUUAGGAAGCAAUUGUCACCUCAGAGGAAAUCGGAAAGGACUACGAACAUGUGGAAGCUCAGCAAAAGAAGUUUGAUGACUUUGAAAAGGUACAAUGUUUCAGCUGACAACAUCGUUUAUGUAAUUGGGUGUCGAAAAAUUCUCCUUGGUUGCAUUGGAUUUGCUUUACUUCGCUCUGUGAUUGUCCCAGAAAACUCGUGUCGUCCUCUCGACCAAUCAGAUUCAAAACUAAAACCAAUCGCGUCUUGGCCACUUGUAUUUUCCCGCGCUUUAGGCUGUGAACUUGUUUUUACUUUGCGUUCUUAUUGGCUCCUUGUGAUAUUUUCCUCUCCUCUGAUUGGCUGUUGUGAUUUCUUUGGUUUUUGGUUUUACGACACUCAAUCGGAAACCCUCGAUAAUGCUCAACAUAACUAACCAAACAUUUGCUUAUCACGCAGGAUAUGAUUUCUAAAGAGGUUCGUAUCAGAGAACUGACGUUACUGGCUGAGAAACUAAAGAUUGAACACUACAGAGAAUAUGAGAUGAUCCGAGAGAUGAUUGAGGUGAGGAAUGAAUAAUUGUGUUGUGUGUUUUCAAACGCAAGCAGACUGAUAUACGUUGUUGAAAAUAUGACGACAGAGAGUGCACAGUGUAUUAAGCGUCACACUCUCUUUUCUGUUAAUAUUUGGCUUUCUUCAUGCCAUUUAUAAGUCUUAACUAAGAAACAUUGUACGCUUUCUCUCUGAGAUGAUUCUUCCACGCAGAAAAAACCCCUCUUAAAGUUUAGUCGGUCGUAGUGCUUAACUAGUAUUGAGUGGCACGGGUUCGAAUCCCGUCAUAGCUUGAGUUUUUCCAGGAUUCCUUUGUACAAUUGCAUAAAUUGUAGCCCACAUACCACAAUUAUUGCUCUACUUGAUUUUAAAUCCGCAGUCAAAUGAAAUUUCUUUCAUUUCAAAUUGUAUCUAAUGAAGAGAAGUUGCGUUAGAAUAUGUGUCACUAGAGACUGACUGUGUGUGACCUUGUCUGAAAAGCGAGAGUUGACUGUAUCACCCACGAAAUUUUAAUACGCAUCGAUUGUUACAGUGUGAAGCAUAUUUUUUAACUACAGGUGAAUACAGUAACUGUGGUUACUACAAAAAUCCUUGUAAGUGACUCAUCAGAGUUGAUAACGUCUGUGCCUUUGUUUUUGCAAUGCAGCGUGUGGUAAAUUUUGGAAUAAAAACAUUAUGGCUUUGUAGUUGUAAGCUGCUAACUGGUAUAGAUUGCUCGGGUCAAUAAACAAUUCAUCCUAUUUUUUAAUGACCUUUAACAGAGGCUGAACCAGAAAUGGACCAAUCUUAAGACCAUGUCAGAGCAGAGGAAGGAAAAUUUGGAUAAUGCUCAGGAAAUUCAGAAAUUCCACAGGUAUUGUUGAAAUAUAAAAUACAAUUACAUGUAUUUUCUUUUUAAAGCUCAAUACAAAAUACAAUUACAUGUACUUUCUUUUAAUACCUUUGAACCUCAAUUCAAUCAGAAGUCAAAGAACUAGAGAAUUGCUUUGGCAUUCUUGUCAGAAUUAAUUUUGGAAGAUAUUUCUUGUUGUCAUGAUUAAGUUUCUCAACACUCCGCUCACUACAACAAAGCACAACUUUGGGUGGGCUGAAGAUUUUUUCCAGUUUGCCUAGAGAUUCUUUCGUAAUAAUUUUUUCCCCAAAAUAAUUCAGGGAUGCUGAUGACACCAAGGCUUGGAUUUCAGAGAAAGACACUGCUCUUUCCACCUCAGAUUAUGGUCGAGAUUUGGCUAGUGUCCAGGCCUUGCAGAGAAAGCAUGAAGUUUUGGAGAGAGACUUGGCCGCAUUGGAAGAGAAGGUAUGGUGACUAGUAUGUCUCUCAGAGCACUUUCUAUAUCAAUGGAAAUACCGACGAAAAUUCCCUGUCGAAUGGAACAUAAGUUUUAAAUCUGGAUUGAUGUCACUUUGUUACUGAAAAAUGACAUUUUUUUGUCGUCAUCAGGUUCGUGAACUCAAUGUGGAAGCUGCUAAGUUAACAUCCAGUCAUCCGAAUGCAGCACAAGACAUUGAAUGGAAGAGACACGAGCUAGAAGAAGCGUGGGCUAAUCUCAGAGAACAGGUACACCAACUUCUAUAACUCCAAUUGAAGUUAUCCUUUACACCUUCGCUGUCCAGAUCUGACCUCAAAUUCUCGUUUUAAGCCUGAACGGACCAUUUCUUGAAAACUUGGAAGAAUGCCAGGUCACUUUAUCAAGAUAUUUUUAAUUGACAGAACUUUAUUUGACUCUCACACUUCGCGUUUUUAUUCGGUUUUUAAUCGAGGUUAUACGUAAAUCACCGUUUUAAUAGUGAAAGGGAUAGUAGCAUUUUUUUUUGUAUUCGUCUAAACUUUUAGGCGGCUGCAAGAAGGGGCAAACUGAGUGACUCGUCAGAUUACUUCCAUUUCCUCAACGAAUUCAGGUAAGUGAUGGGCUUGUCAUUUGGUGAACAUCCUGACAAAUUGUUUUUAUUUUUCAUUCGGCGUAAGGUGUUUGGUCCAGACACAAGUUUCUGUUAGGUAGCAUGUAAUUUUUUUCUUUUCAUAUUUCAGAGAUCUUACUUCAUGGAUCAAUGGUAUUAUGGCAUUGGUAACUUCUGAUGAACUUGCAAAGGAUGUGGCCAGUGCAGAAGCUCUGUUGGACAGGCAUCAGGUAUAGAAUGAAUACUUUUACAGAGAUUUCACUCAGACUUCAGGGCUUAAACGUUGUCUUCCUUUUUCCCUACAUUGCUCUCUUCGCUGCAAAGGUAUUCAAUAUCGAAAGUUACUUUCAUAUUUCAAUACAAUUCUGCGAUGUCUUUUGAACUAGACAACCGAAUGAGCUGUUAAUUAUCAGCUGUGAACGUUCUUUACAUAUAAACCAAUUUUAGAGCGACAAGAAAUUCUUUAGAUCGUGUAGUCUGCUCGUCCGGGUCAGAGUGGUUCUGGGAAGGACUGUUUUUGGUAGCGCUCACUGACGUUUCAACAACCUUAGCGGAAGUAAUUAUCACCCGUACGAGCAGACAACACGAUCAACUUUAACUCCGAGCUUGGAAACAUUUACAGGAAAUGUAUUUUGAGCCUUUUUCGAGGUAUUUGCAUCAAGUCGACCAUAGUUUAAUAUGUAAAAAGAAAAUAAGUUGUCUUUCCUGGUGUAAUCCAAUCAUACAAAAUACACAUGUACAGGCAAACGUCACUGUGCUUUUAUAUUUCUCAACUGUGCAAAAUUUUAUAGACAUAUGAAUUGAAUAUAUGGUUGGGAUUUGCUUUGUUACUUACAGGAACAUCGCGCAGAAAUUGAUGCGCGUGACAGCGAGUUCCAGUCCUUUGAAGAUUUCGGCAAGAAAUUAUUGGACAAAGAACAUUAUGCUAGUCCCGACAUCCGUGAAAAACUGGAGACCAUGGCUACAGAACGAGAAGAACUGGAAAAGUAAGGCCAUUAAGUUUAAGAAUUUGAUCUCUUAAGUGAAAACAAUUCCUUAUGGAUGAAUGAUAGCACUGGGAUCUGCUAAACACUUUCAUUUAUAUGUCUCUGUUUCGUCGAACCAAAGGCGCAUUGCACACUGUUGUUUUCCGGUAGUUUGCGAUCGCAUACGCCAGAAUUUUCAUUUCAUCAGUACUUCCCUUUUUGUCUCCUUUAUAAAGUUAAGAUGCGGUGAUUAUUGAAAAUCAAUUCCUUUUCAGGGCCUGGGCUUCUCGCAAGCAAAGACUCGAUGAAUGUUUGGAGUUGCAGGUUUGUGAACAUUCAUAUUGUGAUGGUUUCCAGAACCAACCAAUUUUUUGUAUCUAAGCUUUUUUUUGCUGUGCGGCAAUGAACACAAACACGAUGAAAAAUUUUGUCGUCCCAAAGUGAAGUGGGUUUGAAUUAAUUGGCGAAAGUGAUCCAGCGUUGAAUUAGAUUUGCUUCACUGCGCUUUGCAAUUCGUCCUAAGUCAGCCAAUCAGAUGCAAAGCUGAAACCAACCGUGACUCGGUCACUUGUUUUUCUCCCGCGCUUAUGGCCGUUUUUAGGUUCUGAGUUCUUAUUGGUUCCCUGAGAUAUUUUCCUUUUCCCUGAUUGGUCAUUUUGAUUGCUUUGGCUCUGAUUUUACGACAAUCAGUUGGAAAGUGCUCUGUGAUUGAAGGCUUUAUGGCAUUAUUUGACGUACGGCUUUAAUGUUAACAGUUAUUCAAUCGAGAUGCCGAACAACUGGAGCAGUGGAUGGCGACACGUGAGGCCAUCAUUCAGAGCGAAGAUGUCGGAGAAGCAGCGGAGGGUGCUGAAGCUCUGAUCAAGAAACAUGAAGACUUCACAAAGACACUUGCAGUGCAGGACGUGAAGAUCAAUGCUCUGAAAGACAAUGCUGAUCGGCUGAUUGAUAACAAUCAUUAUGACUCUCCAGCUAUUGCAGAGAGGAUUUCUGCAGUCUUAGCGAGGUGACCUGAAAGUUAUCUUCAGACACGGAUAACAAUCUCAAUCUUUUUGUUCGAAUGUAGAGCUUGACGUGUAACCACUACUUUACGUGGAAAUACACUAUUUAAAGAUUUUUUUAGCCAGUUUUCGCGUCAUUUCCGAUUAAUAUAGUCAGAGAUAUAUUUAAUUCUGUUUCUUAUUUUAAUUGUUCGAUGAAACAAAGGCUCUUUUCCAGUUCAUUUCAAGAAUACCUCUGCAAAGAAAUUUGCUUGGAAAUUUUAAAUUUGGUUUUUGCUUCCUGAGCGUAACUGAGUUUCCUCACUUACGACUUUCGUUGUGGAAGAUUUUUCACUCUGGCGAUCAAAGUACACUUUUCCCAAGUUUCAAAUUAUUAUUAUUAUUUUGUUGUUUUGUGUCUUAGAUGGGCUACUCUGAAGGCAGCCUUGGUUGAACGCCGAUCAAAACUGGGUGAGUCCAAAACCAUUCAGCAGUUCAGUCGUGAUGCUGAGGACAUUGAAGCAUGGGUCAGUGAAAAGUUACAGACAGUGCUGGAUGAAUCUUACAAGGAUCCAACCAACUUACAGGUAUUUUUUCUGCCAUCAACUAAUGAGCCUGUGAACAGGCUGUCAUUUCUGCUGCAACACGAGUGACCUAGCUUUCGGAUUUCGAGCCGGCGAGCGAGGUGGGCGUGCGAAAGGUCUGCAGAAGUACGGAAAUGAGUGCCACACCGACCCGUCACAGACCUCUCGCGCCGAGAGGUCUUGUGACUCGAAUCUCGCGGGUCAGCCGCUCGUGUCGUAGCGUUCGUUGGCUGAAUAUAAGCUCUACCGAUUAUCCUCCCAGCUUAGUGCUUUAGUUUAGAAUUUUCACUCUUUUGCCAGUUCAGGGUCAAGUCCUAGCUGGGUCAUUGUGUCAUGUUUGUUGCAAAUAGGAUAAUUGUGCCUACUGUUUAUUUUCAGUCCAAGUUCCAAAAGCAUCAGGCGUUUGAAGCUGAAGUCUCAGCCAAUCAGGAGAGAGUCUUGGAGACCAUCAACCUAGCUGAAGGUAAGCAGCACUGAAAGAGUUAAGAACAAAAUGGCUUGAAGUUAACAUAUUAAUUCAAGCACGUGAUUAUAAUUCGAGAAAGUGAUCGUCAAAUUGUUCGUGUUUCUUGUUCACGUAGGUCUCAUUGAGCAGCGCAAAUGUGCCGGAAGUGAGGAGAUUGUGAAAGAGAGAAUCACCAAACUUCAGCAGCAGUGGGAAUACCUGGUACAGAAGUCCAAUGAGAAGAGUCAACAUCUGAAGGAAUCUAAUCAACAACAGCAAUUUAAUACAAAUGUUAAGGAACUGGAUUUCUGGCUGGGGGAGGUGAGAACGCCACGCACAUAAAUAUGUCUUUGAAAUUGUCAUGUUCUCUCGAUUUGCGACCUGGACACGGCAAAAAUCGGCGUUUUUGCUUUGUAUUUUGGAUAUAAGGUUACACUGAACCCAAGGCCAUGCUUGGGAUAAAUUCCCAAGAGCUACACAAUCAGACUCGAUUCAUCUACAGUAGUUUACGAAUAGACUCACCGGAAGUCAAAUCGUGUGUUAACAUACCGGAAAUCGAGAGGUUUGAACAGUAUGAGAAAAUGAGCAGCAUGAGAAAAUGACAAGAGGAGGAGCGCGCGACUCUCCUCUCGCGUUCGCCUCACCCUAACUUUCGCUCCCCGGAAAAAUACUAUUAAACAAAAUGUUACCUGUUCUGUUGGCGUCAAUUGUUAGGGAGCAAUAUGAAGAUAAAAGGUUGUAAAGGAUAUCUAGAACUCCAGCUAAGUUCAGGUUGAUUCCCACAGGAAUACAGUGUGGUUAACAUUCGGGCUGUUUUCAUUAUUUCCCUUGAAAUGUUCUCUUGUAGGUUGAAGCUUCCUUGUCUCACGAUGAUCAUGGUCGAGAUCUGGCCAGUGUUCAGAAUCUGAUCAAGAAGCACCAACUUGUUGAAGCAGAUAUUGCUGCUCACGAGGUUUGUUAGAAGUUAACUACUGGUGAAGGCACGUUUGCUCUCGAGGUUUGAAGAUGAGAAAAAAAAAUAUUUUGCACUUAUUCUGUGAUGAUUGUUUUUCAGGAUCGUAUCACUGAUCUUCAAGCCCAGACCCAGCACUUCGCUGAGGUUGGCCAUUUUGAUGCUGACUCACUGCAAGACAAAUCCCGCAUUAUUGCAGAACGCUACGACAAGUGAGUUAACAUUUUACCAACAUUUUGUUUUCGUUAGUUAGUAUUAUUUUUUAUUUAGGAAGUGAAACGAGAUGAGCUACACGACCACUUUGACCCUAACACGACCCUUUGCAAAUAUUUAUUCGCACCCGAAAACCCCUGCUAUCGUUAUUAUUAGAUACUUCGAACCACGUUUGCGGCAAAUGGGAAAGUCCAAUUCAUUUCUUAUUUCGUUCACGUCUCCUCCAGUCCUGUUUUCGAAAAGCAGAAAAUGGUUAGUGUAAUGUCUCCUUUUCACAUGAAAUGCAGAUACAUACAUUUUCAAUUUAUUAAGCCUAAGGCUGAAAGAAAAAACGAGGACAACUGUGGUUCAUUAUGUGCCUUUUUCCGUUCGCGAAAGCGUUUUUCUAGUUUUCUUUAUGAACAAAAUAUUUUCCUCUGUUUUGAAUAAAUAUUAUUGAAAUAUUGUAUUGUUUUAAUUUUACCUUUGUAAUCUAUUUUAUUUUAUUUCAUCGAUUGAUGUAUGUUUUCUGUUCAGAGUAAAAGACAUGGCCGCAGAUCGCCAUAAGAAGUUGGACGAGUCCAACGCUUUGCACCAGUUUUACCGAGAUGUGGACGACGAAGAGUCCUGGAUAAAGUAAGUGGCCACUUUGUGAAGAGCCUGUCUUAACAUAAGUGGAAACUAAAUUUUUGUCGGUGUUUCUCAUUAGGGAGAAAAAGCUAUUGACCAGCUCUGAAGAUUAUGGAAAGGACUUGACUGGUGUACAAAACCUACGUAAGAAACAUCAGCGUUUGGAAGCUGAAUUGAACACCCAUGAGGCCAGAAUUCAGGUCAGGAAACAAAAUUCGUACUUCUUUCUGUUAGUGUAAUAAACUGGUAGUUUACUAGGGCGCGUUAGAUAAUAGAUAGUCUAUAGCCAACUCGGCGCUUUGCGAUGAACGAGUCCGUUGCAGCUUAGCUAUGAAAUAUUGGCUUUUAUACCAUUGUGGAUGAGCCUAUCGAAACUCUAGAAUUGCAAUAUCCUUCGAUAUAGUUUUAAAAAGUUGAAAAUGCGAGUAGAAGUUUUGUUCACUUGCGAAUAACUUUUUGUUUCUACAGGCUGUACUACUGUGUGGCCGUAAAUUUAUUGACGAAGGACACAGUAGCUCUGAUGAAAUCAAAGCUCGCUGUGAUCAGCUGCAGGAAAACUGGGACGAACUGAAAAACCUGGCUGAGCAGAGGUUUGUUUGUAUUCAGUUACAUGUGUAACAGUUUGUUCAGUAUGGGGAUUUAUUUAGUCUCCCUGAUAAAUCUGACUUGUUCUGAACGAUGUCUGCGGUUUUAUUUUUUAGGCAGCACAAGCUAGAUGAGUCUCUGGAAUAUCAACAGUUCAGCGCUAAUGUUGGUGAAGAGGAAUCGUGGAUCAAUGAGAAGAACACUCUUGUUGGAAGUGACGACUAUGGUGAUACACUGGCUGCAGUCCAAGUACGUUAAUUGCCCCCCCCUGAUACUUAGGGUUAAUAGCAUGUUCUAAAGUUAGGUGUAGGGUCAAACAAAGUUAGUAUUUUAACCCUUUCAUUCCAAAGAAAGGGGGGCGAAUAUUGAUCUUUGCAUUUUUUAAGUUCAACCUUCGAUGCUCAUGAUCUUUACAUCUAUGCCCUUAUACAAAACUGAUUCAUCUUAUGUUGGUACUUAUCCAGGGUCUUUUAAAGAAGCACGAAGCAUUCGAGACAGAUCUUGAGGUUCAUCGGGAAAGAGUUCAGGACAUUGAAGAUGCUGGCAACAAGCUCAUUGAAAAGGUUAACUUCAAUGAAUUUAGAAUCAUUUAUCUCUUUCGUUUCUGUAUCCUACUCUUUUUGUUCUCAUUAAGAAUUCUAAAAUGUAAAUUGACAUUGAGUUUUUCUCUCCACAGGGUAACCACCAAUCUGAGUUGAUUGACCACAGGAUUGCAUCCAUUAAGGUAAUGACACCAUCAGCCAAGACCUGCACUUGUCGAUUGGCCACUGACUGAGUUCUUUGUUACUAGUUGGUCAUGCAGCUGAAUGGUCACACGAACACGACGCUCCUCUCCAAAUCACCUCUCGAAUAGUCAAAUUCAGAAUAAAUUUUCGAAUUAAAAAACCCGAGCAAGACUUGUAGAGUUUCUCCAUUUUCCUAAUUUAAUACAUGGACCUUGUGGUGACGUUACGAGUUGUUGGCUUUUGGUCAGUUUUGAACAUCUUUGUUCGGUUUCUGCUUUAUAUAGAGUAAACUUACCGAGUUGGAGAGAAUGGCGUCCUAUCGCAAGUCCAAGCUCAAUGACAACUCAGCUUUCCUGCAGUUCAACUGGAAGGCCGAUGUGGUGGAAUCCUGGAUUGGUAUGUUAAAGUUUUGGGGUUUUUUUGUUUUCCUUUUAGUUCAGAUUGAUCGCUGCAAUUUUCUCUUUAAGUGUAUUUCUUUGGUUUUAAACUUAGUUGCUCCAUUUGUGUUUUUUAGGUGACAAGGAAGGAAUUGCUCGGUCAGAUGAUCUGGGGCGCGAUUUGUCUUCAGUGCAAACACUUUUCACCAAACAGGUAAAGUGCAAGAUGAAAUUCAAGCAAGGCAACUUAAGUUAAUUGUUGAGGUCUGCUUUUGGUUGGCUUUGACUUCCGGAGUUGAGUUUUUAUGCAGGGAAUCUAGUCGGUAAUACCAAUAAAUCUUCGGUGGCAUCGUAUACAACAAUUUUCCGACUGUGCUGUGUUUUUUUUUACCAGGAAACCUUUGACUCAGGUCUCCAAGCAUUUGAAAACGAAGGCAUUGCACGUGUGACUGUGCUGAAAGAUGAGCUUGUCCAAUCACAACACGAGCAGUCGCCUGCCAUCAUCAAACGUCAUGAUGACCUUAUUAGGAGGUGGGUGCUUUCUUUUAAUCAGCUAUUAUUACAGGUGUCAUGGCCAUAUAAGGAGCAACAGCGUAAUACACUUGUGAUGAGGUCAAAGACCUGUAUUUCGAUUACAAGUACGAACAUUGACAUUCUGAGGAAAGACUUACCGAGCCGUUUUAGAGCGGGAAAGCUUCUCCUCGUUCUAGCGUUGCUUAAUUUUUCUUCGAUCGAAGUAGCUUUUAGCGCUACCGCAAUUUAUCUCUACUUCUCUUGCAAAGAGUCCCAGUUUGAAUGUAGACGUCGUCUAUUUUAUGACGAUAUCGUUGGUUAAUGCUGGGGCUUGAUGCGGCAUUUAGUUAAAAUUUCCUUUCUUUUUACACUCUAAGGUGGGAGCAGCUACUGGAAGACUCCAAGACUCGAAAAGAACGACUUCAACAUGCCCAGGAUCAAUACAAGAAGGUGACUACUUGUGUGUUUUUUUGUUUUUGUUUUUUUCUUCUCCGUUUUGCUUGUUUAGUCGUAGUUUCGGUCGCCUUACUAUGUUGCUCAGGAGUGCAUCACUAAUGAACGCUACCAUCUUUCUUUUGUCCAAGGUGGAGGACUUGUUCCUGUUGUUUGCCAAAAAAGCCUCUGCUUUUAACAGUUGGUUCGAGAAUGCGGAGGAAGAUCUGACCGAUCCAGUGCGCUGCAACUCUGUUGAGGAGAUACGUGUAAGUAGCCUCACUGAACAGGCAGGAAUAACUUUGUUUUUCAUCUUCCCUGUCGCGAAUCUUGUUACUAAGAACGCCAAGCGCGGGUGAUCUGACCGAAGACGUGAGAGGCAAAACUCGUGACUUAUAUUCAGGCUAGGCGCUAUGUUGAGUAGAAUCAAUUGCAUGUUGCUAGACCAAUCAUAAAUGUAAUUUUUUGCUAUUAUUCUUUCGAAAUUUCAGGCUUUGCAAGAUGGCCACACCCAGUUCCGCGCUUCUCUGGACCAAGCGGAAGACGACAUCAUGAUGUUGAGGAAGCUUGAUCGUCAGAUCAAGAGCUAUAACGUCUCCAUCAACCCGUAAGUUUUCUAAUGUAUUGUGAAGAUCACUGGCUUACCUUCAUUUUAAAACUACAUCAGGCAGAUUUUGUUCUUACUUCUCUCACCUGACAUAAGUUAUGUCCCAUUCAUAUUCAACUGUUAGGAGAGUAAUUUUUGGAGCAAAUCCUGUCUGAGACCAUAAGCGAUGGCAUUUCUUUGCUUUGAAGUUUAUUUUUAGUAAACAGAGAGCGUGCCAGUAACAUUACCUUUUCACGUCAGCGUUAAAAGAGGCGUGUGAUGCUAGAAGCCUUCUUGGCACUAUUUGUGAAGAUAAAUCUGCUGAAAUGGAGACGUUUAGGGCUCGGUUUUGCUCAACAACGGAUAAAUUAAGGCUCGAUAAGUGACUCAUAGACUUGAAAGAACCUGUUGAUUCAUUUAAGAUGGUAGUGAAAGGGCCUUUUCGUUCUUUUUAGUUACACUUGGUUUACUAUGGAAGCAUUGGAAGACACGUGGGAAAAUCUGCAGAAGAUUAUUGAGGUUUGUAAACUGGUCACAAAUGAUAUCAUCCUUUCGUGAACAUUUCUUACAAAUGGCUGGAAAUUGAUUUGGUUUCUCUCCCCGGAAUGGGUUUAAAUUAUUAUACAACUUUCAAGCCUUGGAGGUGAAGUGUUUCAAAAGAGUAUGCCCAUUACUUCUCAGUUUUUCUUUUCACAAGCCUCUUCUGUUGCGACAAUCCCACUCGGAGUUGUCUUCCAUGCCGAAUAAAUUGAAAGGAGGCUUUUGGAUUGUAUGGGAGUACCUUGCCUCGGAAAUGAAAUAAAAGAUUGACUACGAAUUCAACGUAAUGUAUCUUCGUUUUGUUUCUAGGAACGCGAGGAUGAUUUGCGUAAAGAAGCCCAGCGUCAAGAGUAUAAUGACAACCUCAGGCAGGAAUUUGCACAGGCUGCCAACUCAUUCCACGCUUGGCUCUCUGACACAAGGUACGAUGAACAAGUUUGCCUCAGGAGAACAGUGGAUAAUAAAGCUUUAAAAAAUCCAUGAACGUUUAUUUAAACUGUAUAUUUCAUUUUUCUUAGGGUUGCAAUGGUUGACGGUCAAGGGGACCUUGAAGAUCAACUGGCCGAGGUCAAGAAGAAGAGUGCUGAGAUAGCAGACAGGAAAGAGGACCUUAGGAUCCUGGAGGAUCUUGGGGCUCAAAUGGAAGAGGCUCUUAUCCUGGACAACAAGUUAGUUGAGUUCUUUUUAGAUGCAUGCCCAGAAAGCUUCCCACUCAAUGUACUCUAAAGUAACAUUACAUGUUGUUGGUGGUGUUCACGUGCUGAACGCGUGUUUUUUUUCUUCUAAUACUCGUGCGUUAACACAUGUUUGAUUUUUACUCAAGGUAUACUGAACACAGCACAGUGGACCUUGCUCAGCAGUGGGAUCAGCUGGAUCAACUUGCCAUGCGCAUGAAACACAAUCUUGAACAGCAAAUCCAGGCCCGCAAUACCACUGGCGUUUCCGAGGAUACACUCAAAGAAUUCACUAUCAUGUUCAAGUAAGUUUCUUUUCAAUUGCAAUACAAAAAGCUGUUAAAUAUUUCGUAGGUCGUCGAAAAAAGUUGUUCGCUUUAGUUCUUGGGGUUUUCAUACCAGUUUUUUGCAUUUUAAGCUGUGUUGUCUUCAGGAGAAGGCCAUUAGAAACUCGAGAUUACACUCGACUUCUUGUUUUGAAAUGUCACUUUUUCGGCUCUUAAAAUCAACAUUAAUAUUUAUGGAUCUGGAAAAGUUUUCAUUUUUGUUAGCUGUAAGGCAGUACUACGGUCCGUAUUUGAAUUUUUCGUUCGUCCUUCAGUCAUGAAUUGUGUUUACUCAGCUCUUGAUCGCUCCCCUCUAAUCUCUUCAACAGGCACUUUGACAAGGAUAAGACUGGUUACCUGGAUCAUCAAGAAUUCAAGUCAUGCCUCCGUUCUCUUGGCUACGAUCUCUCCAUUGUAGAGGAGGGCGAAGAAGACCCGGAGUUCCAAAGCAUCCUCAGAACGGUGGAUCCCAACGGGUAAGUGGCCUGGGCCACACUGAAUUGCUUUGGCUUCACCUCCUGCUUUGGCAGGUGGUUACCGCUCACUGCCUCGGUCACACCCACGGUUUCCAGCUACAGACAAAACUUUGGAAAGAAUAAGGAAGAGCACUGGUCGAUAGUAUUAACGAAUAGCUCUCUACCAGAUAAGCUCACAUUUAGAGUCUAUAAGAAUCUACAGCACAACAAAAUUCUUUGUUUUUAGAGAUUAGUGGUAAUUGUGCUUUUGUAGUGAUACCACCGCCACUAUGUCAUAGCUUUGUUUUAAAGCCACCACGCUCUCAGUUGGAAAGGCGUAGAUUUUUGUCUAUUUCUCUGUCUAUUCUUGUGUUACUGACUGAUUGUCUCUUGCUUUCAAUUCUACGUAGUGACGGUGUGGUGUCGAUGGGAGAGUACAUGGCCUUCAUGAUCAGUCGUGAAACAGAAAAUGUUGGCUCUAGCCAGGAAGUCAUCAACGCCUUCAAGGCGCUCACUGAGGGUGGAAAACGUCUUUAUGUUACUGAGGCUGAGCUCUAUCAGGUAAAAUCUACACCUCAAAUUUAAACUUAUGAGAGGGGAAGGAGAACGUAGCUUGAUUGAAACUUACUAGACGCCCCAUGAGAGCCAUCAUAUAAUGCUUGUAUUUGUUGAACGAUUUUCACGUCCCAGAGAAGUAUUUGAUUUGUCGUGAUGUCGGUCCUUGAAGUUUACUGUUAGUUUCCACAAAGCACAUAACUGGAUAAUGCCUCUCUUGCUGCUUUCGAUCUUGAUUUCUUUGCCUCUCUUUUUCAGUCUCUCACUAAGGAGCAGGCCGACUUCUGUAUUGAUCGUAUGAAUCCUUACGUUGACGACAAGGGCCGAGAAGUUCCGGGAGCUUACGACUACAAGACUUUCUGCGAGGAACUCUUCUCUUCUAGCUAA